AUGCUGUCGUCGCUGCUCGGCUCGGAGGAGGGGGGGCACCGGCGGUACCUCAAGGUCCCCACCCCGCUGCUCCUCUUCCAGCAUCCGGACACCGACGACACCAAGUGUCAAUAUCUCAUGGUGAAGCGAGCCUCGAUGGAGCUGAAGUGCUCGGCGGACAACCUCCUGAACUCGAGCGAGGAGCCGGACGUGUACCGCUACGAGGAGAAGAGCAUAUCGGCGCUGUCGGGCGGGGCGGAGAGGGGGGAGAGGGGGGAGGCGGGGGAGGUGCCGGAGAUUACCCUCAGCAUCCCGAGCCCCGAGGAGAAGGAGGAGGCGGAGCGGAAGGCGACCCGGAGGGUGCAGAUCGCGCCGGAGUCGUUCCUCGUCCCGCCGGGGAGCCCCCAGGUGCCGCGCGAGUCGCGACUUCGCGCCGCGCGCCAACUGGGUCCCCGCUCCCAUUCCUUCUCCCACGCGCCCCGGAGCCCGCCCCCGACCACGAAGGCGGGGGGGAUCUCGACGCGCCGGAUCUCCCACCUCGCGGUGCCGGGGCUGAGGCGGGACAUGAGGGACCGGUCGAGGAGCCCGGAUCAGCCGGUGUCCGGCGCGGCCGCGGGGGUCAUCCGGCGCAAGCUCCCCAUCAUCAACCCCUUCGUCCAGCUCCCCAUGUGGCCGAACAUCAGUGGGAACAGCGGCGGGCUGAUCAGCAAGGUGCUGCUGGCGAAUGCGGAUGCCCUGUGCGCCUCCGCCCUCCCGCUCAUGGGCGUCGAUGACUUCUCCAUGGAGGGGUUCGAGGAGAAGACGGUGAUGAGCAACUACUUCGGGAUCGGGAUCGACGCCAAGAUCACCCUGGCCUUCCACCGGAAACGGGAGGAGCACCCGGAGAAGUGCCGCUCCCGCACCCGCAACUUCAUGUGGUACGGCGUCCUCGGCUCCAAGGAGAUGCUGCAGAAGACCUACAAGAACCUGGAGCAGCGGGUGCACCUGGAGUGCGACGGGCAGCGCAUCCCCCUGCCCAGUCUCCAGGGCAUCGUCAUCCUCAACAUCCCCAGCUUCAUGGGAGGAACGAACUUCUGGGGCGGGAGCAAGGCGGACGAGGUGUUCCUGGCGCCGUCGCUGGACGACCGGCUGCUGGAGGUCGUCGCCGUGUUCGGGACGACCCACAUGGCUGCGUCCCGUCUCAUCAAGCUCCAGCAUCAUCGCAUCGCCCAGUGCUCCAACGUUAAGAUCUCCAUCUUCGGAGGGGAAGGGUUGCCGGUGGAGGUGGACGGGGAGGCCUGGAUCCAGUCCCCGGGGAUCAUCCGGAUCGUGCACAAGAACCGGGCGCAGAUGCUGUGCCGGAAUCGGCAACUGGAGACUUCGCUGAAGUCAUGGCAGGAGAAGCAGCAGCGAGGGUCAGUGUCCCACAAACUGGCUGUGAACCCCAUCCCGCUCUCUGAUGAUGAACUCCAGCUCCUCGCCAACCUCCUCGAGGAUGCCAUGAGCCUUGUUCGGAUUGUGAAGGUUUCAGCAGUGGAGACGCCGUUGAUAGGGCAGGAGCUGCUGAGUCUGGCCCACCAGUCCUCCCACCUCAUCAACAAGACCUGCCCCGGCGGGAAGAUGGCCGAAGGGCCUGCCCUGAGGCUGGCAGCGUCGGAGCUGGUCGCGGCCCUAAGGGAGUUGCAGGAUGGCACCAACACCUUCCUCCGAGAGAAGGCUCCGAGCGCCAACCUGAACGUAGAGACAGAAAGCCGCCUCCAUUCAGCACUGGCUCACGUAGAAAAGGACCUCCGCCGCUGCGUCGACCGUGAUGGCACCGUCUCCUUCAUCUGCGAUGAUGACCACCUGAUGGACCGCAAGCGGGGGAGCCGAGGCUUCCUGAGGGGUCUCCUCCAGCGCAAGUCAACAGUCCUCCCGCCGGGCGGGAUCGCCGGGCUCGGGAGCGGGACGAGGGAGCCGGCCCCGCGGGACUGGGGCCUGGACGAGGUGGAGCAGUGGCUGGAGCGCCUCGACAUGGCCGAGUACCGCGAGAAGUUCCGCACUCACGACAUUCGGGGGUCCGAAGUCCUGCAUCUUGAUCGACGCGACCUCAAGGAGCUGGGGAUCACGAAGAUCGGGCACAUCAAGCGACUCCAGCAGGGCAUCAAGGACCUGAAAGCGCUCGACAAGCAGAGCGGGAAAUGAGUCUUCACCCGAUCGCUUCUCCGUUACUCUUAGAAGUUUUGCUUCCCUUGUUGUUAGAUUGGCAGCUGCUGGCAGUAUCGCCAUACCCCUUUUUGCACUCGUGCGCACCGUUUGUUAUCCCCACGUCCACUUUCGGCAUCUGUCAGUGCCAAGUUCGCUUUCGUCAUUCGAUACGGUAUUCGAGUUCGACACGGUACGGUAUUAUGGAGUGGCCUUGUCCGGGGGAGAAGCGAAGGAAAGGAGGAGAAGAUGGAAAGUCUGCCAUUUCUUCAGAGUAUUUCGUGUGCCAAAGAGCUCGAGUUGUUAUUCGUUCGACUCUCGACGCGGAAAGACUUGUUCGCGAAUCUCGACGUUUUCCCAGAUCUUCCUGCUUCUUCCAACUCGCAACAUUCCAGAAUCGUGACCCAUCCCAUUCCAAGCACAAAGGACGACGCCGUGACGGGAUCCUCUCGUCGUGCACAUUCCCCCUCCUCGCACAAGUUCCGAAUCGACCAAGCUCGUCACUGCAAGCAAUAGGAAAAAACGGACAUUUUCCCCUACCACCCUGUGGUUCGUCUUGUGAUAAUUUGCACCUUGUUACCCUUCAUACGUUAGCACUGUUAGUUACGGACCGAUCGUGAAGCGUGCGUGCGACCGAAGAAGAUAGUCUUUUUGCUGAUCGUGCUCCAUCUCAUCCAUGGUUGAUCGUCGACGACGGCUCGAAGGAAGUCAUCGUGUGUACGACGUAGAGGGAAUUUAGUUGUAGGAAACGUGUUAGUUUAUAAGGGUUCGAUCGACGGAGGAAUUUCCCGACCUUCCUUCGAGUCGUCCGACGUGAUGCAUAGCCUUACUCCUUCGGGAAAUAUUCAAAGAUUAUUCAGGAAACAGGAGAAUCGAUUGUGGGCCUCAUUCGUGGCAGAUCCAGUUGAUUAAGGUGUGGAAGAUGAUAGAAUCGGUUGAUGCACGAAAUGAAUGGGAGCAUAUUGGCACACUCCGUUUGAAAAAUGAGUUGAAAAAAUAAUUGGUGUCUGAAAGCUACUCCUAAGGGGUAAACCGACUCAGGGCUGUCAUGAAAAUACCAACAAUCAAGUGGUAAAUAUUCCAACUGCACAAGGUCUCACGAGUGUGUUUGGACGUUUGAGUAAGAAGUUGAGUGUGUGUGUGUGUGUGUUUGUUCGUUCUUGUUUUGACCAUGGAUGAAAUCGAUGAAAAAAAACUGUCCUUGUUUGAUUUGUGAAAUUCAAGUUUUCGUUGUUUUUUUUUGACUUUUUGUUUUGAUAUCCAUUAUAUGUGACCCAGUCUGAAAGAGGGACAAAGUGCUGCACAGUUUGAAAGCAGAGUUUCUGUAUCUGCGUGUUCUCAACUUUGAAAUAAAAGAAGCUGCUCUGAAUAAUAAAAACACAAACCAAUUCCUAGCGAAUCCAUGACAUUACGGAGUUGAUGAUUUCAAAAAGAAGUAUUGAGCAAGACAGCUUCAGCGUGAUGCCUCUGAAUAAGUAAUUCUGCAGGGAGAGAAUUGAGAUUACUGGAGGCAUCGAAACUUGUAGUGAAUUUGCAGUCAUGAGAAAAAGUCAAAUAUACACCAAACUUGCACGGUUUUGUUCUGCCGUGGUUUUUAAUUCCGCAUUUUGUCCCUUUCCUCGGGAAGGGUCCGUUUCCGAAUGAAUUCGGUGGCUCGUCCGAGGUACAGUGCCGUUCGUGUGAGAAUGUUCCGAGCGACCGCGCGCUGACGACUUCCAAAUGUGAGCAACUCUGUCUGGCGACAAUCACUGCUGCCCUUGUUCCUUCAUGUUCCUUUUCUACUUCUUCCCUCCCCCCGAAAUGUAUGCAACUUUAAGGCAUGUUUCUAGAGUUUUUAUGCAUCUGGAGGUAUUCCGAAUAAAGCGGAGGGAAUAAAGCGG